GCUCAAGCGACCCCUGCCUUCCGUAUGCCUUCCUGCACGUGUCCAUAAGUCGGGCAGCCAGUGUUGCUGCGUCGAGGCCUUCCCUCACGCCUGAGCCAUGGCGCGCGGGGUGCGCUGCGUGCCCGCAGCCCUCUGGUCGGUGGCGGCUGCGCUCUCGUGUGCCCCGGGCUGCGCCGCGCUGAGCGCCGCGGUGGUGCCGGAGGCCGGGGCGCCCUCGGGGGCGCUCGCGAUGCACGCUGCGACCAAGACCGUGUCGGCGCUCGUCUUCGACCCCAGCGAGUGCAAGGUGUGCGCUUUCAACGGCCCCGCCGCGCCGCGCCUGUUCAUCGACGGGAGGGACGACGGCCUCGGCAACAACGUCGAGGCCAUCAUCUACGGCAUGGCCUUCGCGAGGAAGACUGGCAUGAGCUUCGGGGGCGUGGUCGGCGGCGGCAAGAUGGCCCACGGGCUGCAGGUCGCCAAGAUCGUGGCAGACAUCUUCGGCCUGAACAAGGACCACCUGUACCUGCGGAGCAUGCCCAUGAGCAGCCAGGUGGUCCAGGUCAAGCACCUCACGGACAUCGAGAAACUGCGGCUGGACAAGAACACGAACGACGUGUGGCUGCAGACCAACAUGCCCCAGAGCGGCGUGAAGGCCCCGCGCACGAUCGACGAGUUCCUGGACGACGAGUUUCUGGAGGCGCUCCGGGCGCAGGUCCUGCCGCAGCUGGUCGAGCAGCACCCCCUCUCAGAGAUCCGCCGUGGGAACGGCCCCGUGGUGGCCAUGCACGUGCGGCGCGGCGACGUGUCGGCGACGAACAGGGCAACAAGAACCGCUACACUAAGAAUGAGUUCU